ACAAUACCCUCAGACGUCAGGCAACCAGCACUCGCCAGAUACACACACACUCGCAUGUAAACCAACAACAAGCAUAUGCUGCCCGCGUUAUGGCAGCUUCCACGUGCUUACGUGGAGGCAUCACAUACCGAUAGCGCAUACGUGAAUAAGGUCGCCGCGGAGGAAACUGUCUUUCUCUCCCUCUCUCUCUCUCACUCCUACACAUAUCGUACUCUCUCUCUCUCUCGUCUCGCGUUAAAGUGUGCCGCCCGAUUCCCUUUAAUUCCCGACGGAAGUGUGUAAUGGCCGCGUUUCGGUCUCCGAUGGUGCAGUGCUCAGGCUUGUAAACAAACAUAAAGUGCAGGAGUAAAUAGUGACACCAAGACAAGAUGCAGCAACAGCCUUCCUCGAUGGAUAGCUCGAUGGUGGCGAGGAACAAGCUACGGAACCCCUUGCUCUCGGUCGCGCAGACCGAAUUCGACAGCUUUCAAGCGCCCGCUCUACUCGUGCCCGUCACACCCGCGACACCUGCUGUGCUCCAGGAUGAUCCUGUUCCGGCAGCCGAGCUCGACAGUUUCAUAGGCCAGGCACCGGCGACGCUACCAGGCAACGUUUCGCCCAGCCUGACCUUAUCAUCACCGCAAGAACAAAGUCCCCAAGCUCCUCCACCUCAGCAACAGCAACAACAGCCUCAGAAGCAAGGUUAUUUCACCUCGAUACUCUCGUCGCUGCCUAACCUGUCCCUGUCGGCGAUUACCGGAGAAACUCAACAACCCCAGCAGCAGCAGCAGUACAACCCCACCGUCAUCGAACCUUCUUACACUUUUCACGGAUCACCUCAGGGCUAUGCCAGUGGACCUUACGGAGCACCUCCGAGCAAUCCCUACGAGUACAGAGGAGCAGUGAAUCAACCGCAGGGCUUAGGCGAUUUUAAUGCCGGAAUCGCGCCGCCAGCCGCUCCACCGCAGCAGCCCCAAGCGCCGCCACCAGCGGUACCACCCAGUGGAGGUGCUGCCUCUUACAGACUGGGCAAUCAGCGUCGCCUAAAGUACGCACCACCUCCGGACCUAACGUCCUCGGCUGCACAAACUCAGCACUACCAGCCACCACCUCUACCCUCCUACCCAUCGGCCCAAUCAAACCCCACAUCGGCGCCGCCAACUUUCUUCAACCCCAACACCCAGAUCUACAACCCGGCAGCCGCAGCAACCAGUCCGCGGAUCGACUCCCACAGUCCAUCCGCCCCGAUAAUUAGCGGACCACCGUCGUCUCAAGGCAGCUCGUUACACAGCUCUUUCCGCAGUAGUCCAGUUGCGACUCCUCCAUCGGGUUACUCUGUAGCCAGUCCAGUGGCUACAUCUCCCGUUACCAGUUUCACAAUCGGUGCUCCGCCAACAAGCGCUGCCAACAACCAUCACUUUGCAACUGCACCACAGGCUAUCCCGUCAAGGUUCCCGGAACCGGCGACUCCUCAAAACACUCCUGCCGACGUUUUCUCUGGAUUCAAUGCCUACAGGCAGCAGCAACAGCAGCAGCAACAGGCUGGUGGUAACUUUGGCUUCAACGAGCCGCCGAAAUCCUCGGUAGUACAGCCCAGUGGUCAGCUCGAUCCCAUAAAGGAGGGAAGCACCUUCGCACCGAUCUCCGCGGCGAAGGUCACCGAGAAGCUCGAGAACCUCAUCGCUGCCGAGCAGAGCGACGACGCUCAGUCGGUCAAGUCAGAAUUCUCUGCCGAGGUCGCAACCAUCACCUCGAAGAUACCAGAGGACACACCACCCACUACUGCUACCGAGGAGCUGACCGAGAUCGAUUUGAACGCUAGCGGAGGUCCAGAUGUUCUAGCUCCGAGUAGCGAGAUCAAGUUCACUUCGGAGACACAGCCGCCGCCGAGUCAGAGUUUGGACUCAUUUGUGCCCACUGUGCCAUCGGCGACUAGCUUCUUCGUCAAUCCACCAGUUAGCAAUCAGAACGUACCGAGUUUUUACAAUUCGCCGUUUCAGGCCCAGCAGCCUAUAACCGAUCCCUUUUCGUUCAUUCAGUCGGGAAGUUCUUCGUCUGUGACUGACUCUGCAAAUUUAUCCGGACCACCGAUCACUAAUAGCAAGCAGAGUCUCAACGUCGGGGCAACUAGUCCAUCGAUUGAACCACCGCAGAGCUCAGGGCACAUUGGACAUGUCGACUUUGCACCGCAAUCGAUUUGGGAACCCAAUCCGCCACAGCAGGGGCACUUGACGGUUUUGAACCCAGUGUACGGCGCACCAGUGCAAUCGGCGCCGACGUUCUUCAACCCGUCGCAAUUCCAACCCACCUCGCAGUCCUUCCCAUCGACUCCAUCUAACCCGUAUGCCCAAGCGCCGAUCGGUAGCAAUAUCGGUAGGAUCAGCAGUAGCAGUAGUAGUCCAAGUUGUCAACUACCACAAGUACCCCAAGAAGGCUUCAAUGUCGUACCAGAACCGACUGGAUCGGCUACCCUCAGUCCCGUGCAGAUUUCCGUCAACCCUCUGACAAACCGCACGUCGCAGGAGACAGUUCCUCCUAGUUUACAAAACUUAGCAGCAGGUCUUCCAGAAAAACAAAUGCAGUACCGCCCGGUAUACCACCACUGGUUUUACCGCCGCGAGGUGGAAGCUAAGACGCUAUGGCUUCCAUUCUCCAUGCACGACAGUCUGAACCUCGAGGACAUUCACAAUUCCAACGAGAUCAGCCCAGAGACCAAAGUCGCUACUGAUGGAGGUAGAUACGACGUCGAAAUUUUAAGGCGUCACCGAUCUCCCGUCUACUGGACCGGACCGAUCACAGAGGUUCGACGUUGCUCGUGGUUCUACAAAGGCCCCGCCGAGUCGCGCUACACGCCUUAUGAAGAGAGCGUUGCUGCCAGGUUAGAGGAGGAAUUCAAACAGGCCUGCACUUCCAACAAUUGGAAUAGACGGGUCGACCUCAACAAUGGCGAGUACAUCAUCUUCCACAGCCCUACUGUGCAGGUGCACUACUUGCAAGCGACGACGCCUGAGCUCUCGGCUUCCUGGGGAAACAACUCGGGUUCAGAAGACACUGCGUAUUUGCAGGGUGCCACCAGCAGACCGCGCGUCGUAAAACGUGGCUUGGACGAGUUCAACAUCGAUGAUGGCGAACCCGAGAAGGUUGACCACCUACUCUUUCUCGUCCACGGUAUCGGUAGCGUAUGCGAUCUCAAGUUCCGCUCUGUCGAGGAAGUCGUGGAUGAAUUCCGCAGCAUAUCCCUGCAAUUGGUGCAGUCCCAUUACCGAACCUCGAGUGAGCAGGGUAUUGUGAACCGUAUCGAAGUUUUGCCCAUAUCGUGGCACGCAACUCUGCACUCUGGCAUCGACAAGAAGCUGCAGGUUAUCACCCUAGAGAGUAUCCCUAAGCUUCGUCAUUUUACCAAUGAUACCCUUCUGGACAUACUCUUCUACACGAGUCCAAUCUACUGCGAGACUAUUAUGCAAACCGUCGGGAACGAAAUGAACCGGCUCUACUCUCUCUUCAAUCAGAGGAACCCUGAGUUUCAGGGCAACGUAUACCUUGGUGGACACUCGCUUGGCAGUUUGAUCAUGUUCGAUCUUCUGUGCCACCAGAAUCCACCAAGUAAAGAAGAGAAAGAAGCGAAUGGGGAAACCGAGGAGUCUAAGGACACAGACAAGGAAAGUGACGAAGCUAGUUCGGUGAUCAAGCCUUUGGCCGCCCCAGUCUUAAAACGUAAGCUCAGUAAGAAAGUGAGCUACGUAAUGGGUACAGCUGGCACUGGCCAACCAUACAUUAACUAUCCACAAUUGGCGUUCCAACCGCGUGCCUUUUUCGCCUUUGGUAGUCCAAUAGGCAUGUUUGUGACGGUUCGUGGUAUCGAUAAUCUCGGCGAAGACUUCACGUUGCCAACUUGUCCCGCGUUCUUCAACAUCUUCCAUCCAUUCGAUCCGGUAGCCUAUCGCGUCGAAUCGCUCGUGACUCCCGAAGCACACAAGUACAGGCCUAUGCUUAUUCCUCAUCACAAGGGCAGGAAACGAAUGCAUUUAGAACUGAAAGAAACGAUGGCACGAGUAGGAGCAGAUUUGAAACAAAAGCUACUUGAAUCUGUGCGAAGUACUUGGAACUCUGUGUACCAAUUAGCAAUGUUCCACAGACAAGACAAUCGCACUUUAGAGCAAGAAAUCGAAAAAGUCGUGGACGAGCAAAUGAGUAAUCCUCCCAUUGAACCAGUGGAUGCCACUGUCAAUGAUGAUGCCGGUGCUGACUACAAGGUUGGAAAGCUCAAUGGCGGUAGAAGAAUUGAUUACGUGCUCCAAGAAGCACCUCUGGAGUAUAUCAAUGAAUACCUCUUUGCCCUGACAAGUCACGUCUGUUAUUGGGAAUCGGAAGAUACCAUGCUCCUAAUUUUGAAGGAAAUCUACGGGUCUAUGGGUAUCCAGACCGACGCUCAGCUGCCUCAGCAAACUCUGUCAAUCGAACGGGUAUCUACACCUUCGAUCUCGGCUUCUCCCAGCAAUGUCACGUCACCGACUGCUGCUGCACCGAUGUAUGUAGGAAUGGAUCCCACGGCGCCGAUAUCAGCGAAACCUGUGGGACCACCGCCUACCGUAGGUUUUGUACGCAAAUCCUGAUCCGAGAUAAAAAUGCAUUACCCUUCGGGUAUCCACGAAACAAAAGACGUGAGAACAUCGGUAAAAUGAAUAUCGAAAUAAUGAGGAUCAAUAGUUAUUUUGUUAAAGUUAAUGCCCAAAUGAUAGAGUCAUUUAUUUUUGUACAAUGAAAGUUUAAACUUUGUGUUAUGCCAUUUAUUCGGAAAAAUUGUUAUAUUUUUUAAAAAUUGUCGAUUCAAUUUUUUUACCCAAGAGUACACGAAAAAAGGUAAACAUAAAUUAUUUAAUAACAAAAAUACUUCACUCAUGUUCUCUUAAACAAUUUUUUGAAACAUUCUUUUGAAAUGACGUGUACAUACAUACGUAGAUAUUAAACAUUUUUAUACUGAUAUGUAUAUAUUAUCAUCUAAAUAUACUGUCAAAGUGAAAUAUUCAAUAAAUCAAUGAUGAAAUCUUUUGAACGGUUUACCACAAAAAGUUCUAUAUAAAGCUGCCGCAAAAGUCAUAUAGUCACGAAACGUAUACAACUCAUGUAUAUAGUACAUUCCACAGAAAAAUGUUUACUCAAAUUUCUAUUGUCAAUCGGACGCAAUUACCGACAGAUAUCGUAUUCAUUUGGGUCUUAAUUUUAACACAUAGAAAAUAAAUUAAUUUCAACGAAUUCCCUAUGGUUUCUUUGAAGAGCUUAGCGCAGGUCUUUCGUCGAAGUCAAUUUAAACGAUGCAGGCAUCGAGAGAGAUAUUGUUAAAGGAUUGAAGAUUAGAAAGUGAUUAUUGAUUCUUAAUAAUUUUGUAAAUGAACAUAUAUUGAUUCUGUUAACAUGUAUGAAUAUUAAUUUUUCUUAUAUUAUUGUUUUAUUGUCUUUACAAAUAUUAUUUUGCAAUGUAAUUAUUCGAGUUGUAUGUGUGUAUCUUGAGAGCAUUAGGAUGAAAGAGUUCAAUUCUAAAAAUAGUUGUACUUGCAAGAUACAACUAGCCGAUCAACAACAUCAUUUAUUUUAUAAUGCACUACUGUUUGAUCGGGAAAUCAAUGUCUGUUAUAUAAGCUUCUGACGAAUGAACGACAGUUUAAUAAAGUACUGAAUUCUUGUAA